CAGGAGUAAAAGAGUUGAGCAGUCUCAAGCUGAUAGUGCCUGUGCAUGGCAUUAAUGGCACUCCCCGUCACUUUGUCGUAAGGCGAGCUUUUUGAUGUUGCUGCUGCAGAUGACGCUGCCACCAUGACUCUGCUAAGAAAGAUAAAUCGCUUCCUCCUGAUGCUGCUGGUUCUGAUGGUGCUCCUGCUCCUGUACAACAGGCUAAUGAGGCCACCCGUGCCUCGCAGAUACUCCGGCCCAAAGAAAGACCAUGUGCAUGUCCCAAAGAAUUCCCCGGAACAGGAACUGGGCUCGGAAGAACGGAGUUCCAUUCCCGUGGUGAUCUGUGCGAGUGAAGAGCGUCUCGGGGGUGCCAUGGCAACCAUCAACAGUGUGCAAAGCAACACAGAAGCCAGUGUGUUUUUCUACAUCAUCACCUUGCGGGAUUCCAUCAAGCGCGUCAAACAGUACAUAGAGAACAGCCAACUGAAGAAGAUCAAGUAUAAGAUUCUGGAGUUCAACCCCAUGGUGUUGAAGGGCAAAGUCAAACCGGAGUCAUCCCGACCUGACCUACUUCGCCCUCUCAACUUUGUGCGUUUCUACCUCCCCCUCCUGGCAAUCAACCAGAAGAAAAUCAUCUACCUGGAUGACGAUAUAAUAGUGCAAGGUGACAUCAAGGACCUAUACCAGAUCAAGCUUCAGUCGGGACACGCCGCUGCGUUCGCCUCUGACUGUGACCUCCCCUCCUCUCAUGAGAUGGUGCGCAGCGUAGGAAUGCAGACCACAUACAUGGGCUUCCUGGAUUACAGGAAGCAGGAAGUGCGGGACCUGGGCAUCAACCCCACCAAGUGCUCAUUCAAUCCAGGAGUAUUUGUGGCUGACAUCGCCGAGUGGAAACGGCAGAAGAUCACCAAACAGCUGGAGAAGUGGCUGAUGGAGAACUUUAGGGAUAACCUUUACAGUAGCGCAAUGGCAGGGGGUGUGGCAACCCCCCCAAUGCUGAUCGUGUUCAAUGACAAAUACACAACCAUUGACCCACUGUGGCACGUCAGACACCUGGGCUGGAGUCCCGAUGCCCGCUAUGCGGAGUCCUUCCUGCAGAAGGCGCAGCUGCUUCACUGGAACGGCCGCUUCAAGCCCUGGGACUUCCCCUGUGUGCACAUGGACCGCUGGGAGAAGUGGUUCGUCCCCGACCCAUCGGGUCGCUUCUCCCUCAUACGGCCGUAGGAUGAGAGGCGUGGGCUCCGGAGCAACCGAGCAAUCUACACCAAAUCAUUUUGAGCAUCACUGGGAUUGGAUCUAAAUGUGAAUUGUUUGUUCAUUACAGUUUUUGCCCGUUGCUUGAACACAUUUUGCAAAACUUCGCUCACUGUGCCAAAACUCUAAACUGAAAUGAAACACACUUGCAUCAUAUGCAUACAUUUUCAGAUCGGGAGGAACACACUAGUCUACUUUAUAUAAAACAUAUUUGCUUGAAUACCUGUUGCAAAACUUCGCUCAUUGUGCCAAAACUCUAAACACACGUAAACAUGACACAACACUGGGAAAUAUACCAUUCACAUCACCAUUUCCAAUGGCAAAACUGAGGGCUUUUUGUAGAUGGCUGAUUGGUGUUCAGUUUUGCAAGUAAGUGCGUUCAGGUGUGUAUUUGAGAGGUUGCAAUUACCCGAUGUGUUUUGUAUUUUGGAUAUAUGUGUUUAACAAAUGGUACUCUGAGAUUUCAAUUUUGAACGAAGUGUCUAUGUAUGACAUAGAGAGUAGUAUGCAGGACCAAGUGUGUUGCAUAAAGGAGUAAGUGUGUUGCAGAAUUGAAACUAGAGUGCAAAGCAGCACUUUUGUUUAAGGUAUAGGUACAUGUGUUUGAGAUAUUGCAACAAAACUUCAAGUUGUGAUACUUUAGUCUAAGCAUGGGUCUAUAGUGUUCAAGCAACGGGCAAAAACUGUAAGACAAAGACACACGCACACACGCACACACACACACAC